CGUCGCGGGCAAGAAAGGCCGCACGUGCAAGGGCCGUGCUGACAUUUCUCGCGCCAUCGGUAACCUAUCCCGGCAGCAUUCCAGGAAGGUACUGCAUCGAUUUAUAACCAAAUUAAAAUUUGCGAAACGAUGCCAGAAGUCGUGUGGAUGGGACUCGGUUGAGGACGAAAGCAAGACAUGCGGCUUCGUUGGCGACGGAUCGUUAGUGUUAAGAGAGGACCUUCUGAUGACACUCAUUAGAAACGAUGGUGCUUCCUAAUUACGUUUUGGUCCUCUUUUGCUUCCUCUUGCAAGGUUAUGGAGAUGCUCUGAAAGUGAAGAGCGCGCAGAGAACAAAAUGCCAGCGUUACUCGGCUCUCCGCAAGUUCAGCUCGUGCGGUGCAGCUGUUAGCCUUGCAGUGCGAGAGAAGGCUCUCCUGGAGAAGCCCAACCACAAUGCGACUUGCCAGAAAGCAAAAGAGUUUGAUAAGUGCUUCCAAGAAAGUCUUCAAUCGACGAGAUGUCAACGUAGCUCUGAGUUCAGCUUCCAUCUCCAGCAUGUGUCCAAGCUCGUUAGUGAAAUGUACAAGGAGAGCUGCAGUCUCGCCGGGGAGUCCAGCACAAUGCUGAGCGACAUGAGCACGGUGUGCGACAUUCGGGUGGCUGUGGUUCGUUUCCUGGAAUGUGCGAGUUCCUUCUACUCGACGGAGCCUCAUUCGAACGCUGCGCCGACGCAGAGUACCACUCUGGCCGUCCACUUCGGAGUAAUGUUUGACGCUCCCAUGUCUAGCGGUAAACACACAACAUUCGAAUGCAGGAGGAAUCACAAGUUCAAGAAUUGCAUCGAGAACAUUCAUUUGUACUCUGAGUGUGGCAUUGGAACUGAAGUGCAUUCCCACUUGAAGUAUCUGGCAUCUGUGAUACACCGAAGGUUCGUUGGCAAGUGCAGCAUAGAGGCUUUGCAUGGUACCCCUGAAACGACCGAGGUAGAGUGCGAACUGCUUCCUUUUCUACGCAAAUUUCUGCGCUGUGGUGUUGACCGCUACGAGAAUGCUGGGGAAGUCAUCGAACAAGACCUCUGUGGCAAGGUCGCAGCAUACAAAGACUGCGUCAUUUCAGCAGAAACCACUGCACAUUGCCGCAUGAAGAAUCUUUCUUUGAGCUACCACAUGGAAUAUCUCUACAAGCUUAUGACUGCAACUAACCGCACCUGCAAGCCAUCGAAACAGAUCGAAACCUCAACCUAUAGGCAAGCGUGCAAGAGGACAACAUUGUUCAAUAGCUUCUUCUCUUGCGGCACAGAGGUGCAGUCUCGGUUAGAGGGGUUGAAGAAGGGCGACAAAGAAAGAUGCAGGAUAUCCGAGAACUUCGAGAAGUGCUUCAUGAGUGCAAGAGAACAGUCGGGUUGCCUGUUAUCCGAUGAUUCUACAAGUAUCAUGAGUUCCCUUCUUGAAACAUGGAAGAAGGAGCGCGAUAAAGAGUGCGCCCAGUUUAAUCCUCCGGUUGCCGAGACAAAGGGCUGCCUCCAGGGGCCAGCUGUCAAGAGAGUUUUUCAGUGUGGCCUUACUUUUCAAACUGCUGUUCGGGAAGUGAAAUACACACCCCUGGAUAUGUCACCAGGCAUAUGCAGACACUUAGAUGAUCUAAACACUUGCAUCGCUGACGUGAAGAAUGGUACAGGGUGCGCCCUCUCUGAGUUUCAUGCCCACGUCGCCCCACUGCUUCAACCUUUCACGAUAGAUUAUACUCAACGAUGCGAAAAGAUCAGGACGUCUAGCAACCAGUCUGCUCCCCUCGUUGUUCCCAGGGGGUCGCCAGGAUGUAAGCGGUUGUCAGCGGUGAAGAAAAUUUUUCACUGUGGUCUGAGUUUUAGCAAAAUCUUAGAAGAGAUGCAGUUAGUUCAUCAGAAGGUUGACGUACUAUGCCCGUUGCUGAAAAAAUACGAGAUGUGCGUUCCUGAUUCUGCAGCUGAAGUUGGCUGCAAGGAUGACCCUGUGAUGAAGGCACACGUAAAGGCGUUCACAAAAAUACUGCGUGGGCAGUAUUACGACAGUUGUAUACAGAACCGCAAGUCCGGCUCUUCAAAAAUAAACCUAAGACGGCAGAGGGGAGGUCUUCGUUCACGAACACGAGAUAUACUUGGCAGUGCAAACGUUCUCAAACAGGAAAUGAAGAAUAUGAGGCAGGUACUGUCAAAUAUUAGCAGAGACCCUCAGGCUCAACAUGUUGAAGAUUACUAUGGAUCAGACUACGAGGACUACAUUGAAGAAGAUGAUAAAGUACCAGAUUCCUUGGAUAUCAAACCAGCGUACGACUAUGCUGAGAAAGAAACCACUAAGCGCACACAGACGGAGACCACCAGUUCCACGACUCCUGCUCCGGAGAGCAAGAAACCGAAAUCAAACAAUAGGCCUGAAAUUGACGUUCGUAAAAUGCAACGUUUUUGGGCCGACCUUCAGGACGCUGGAAAAAUAAGGGCGCAGCGUGAUUCAUCGGUGGAAUCGUCACUGUCCAACCUUCCCGCCAAAAUGUCUGUCGCUGACUUUUCCAAGCCAGGCGCCUACUUCGUUAACGAAUUGACAUCAGGAAAUGGGGAUAACGUCUAUGUGCCUCGUCUGCCACAGGUGAAUGGAGCUCGAAGCGUCUUCCAGAAGGAACCGAAUGGAGCUGGGAUAUUUCAGAAGGUACCGGUUUUGAAAAGGUUGUCUAAUACCGCUAGACAGGGUGAGGGAGAGUACGAUGACUAUAGCUUGGACAGUCCUAGCAGAAGGAUGUCCAAAGACGAGGAACUCGAGAUGUACGAGGACACGCGCGGUAUGGCUGAAACGCUCAGGAAAGAAAAGGCAAUGGGAUACGGACGCUAUAUUUCGAGAAGUGGCUCGCCUGGGCACCUACGAUCGCUGCGGAGGAUAGAUAGGUCUGCAAUCAGAAGGUAUCCAGGUGAAGAAGACAAUAUUUAUCUUCCUGAGAGACGUUUUCACGCACGUGACCAUCAUAAGGAAAGUGACGUGCGCGACAGACCAACGCACUUAAACCGUAGCGGUAGGCUAUACGAUGAAUAUGGUACUCCAGGGAGCGGAGGAUAUCCUUUACGAGGUAGCGACGAAAGCCCAGUACUAAGGCGUAACUUUAGACGCAUUGGAAGAAUGGGACUCGAUCCCAUGGACACCAGGCGUUUAUCAGUUCACCAGGGGAUAAAUGCUAUUCCACACCGUGGUCGAGCUCGCGCUUUUCGCAAUCCGGAUUAUGAGUUUUUAGGUGACUACGAGAAAGGCGACUACGAGACAAGAGACAGGGAGAAAGCUAAUAUAGAAGGUGGACAAAAUGAGGGGAGUCAGUUCCCUGAAGACGACGGGCCCGUCCUUCCCAACGACGCUCUGGAAAACGAUAAUCGAAUGACCGCUACCGGUCCUAGGAAAUACAUAUCGAGACGGCACGGUGCGAGCAGUGUACUUGGCCCAGUCAGAGACCUCGAACCACCUAGUAGUGUUGUGAACGUUGGGAGGGACGAAGAAGCGCAUUAUCUUAAAGAUCGUCCUGACGGUGUUCCUAAUGAAAGAUACGCCAGAAAUAUGAUUGAUCACGGUCACGCCGUGCCAUAUUCCCGAAAAGGUAGCAAAGCUAUCAUCAAGCCAGGUCCGCCCUUACGUUUGCCGCCAUUACAUCGGUCAAACGACUACGACGACAGGGGUGACGUAGGAGAUUAUAGCGAUGUCUUGAUGAAAGUCGACACCGAACAUCGACAGACCGCGAUAGACAACGAAGAACCUAUACCGCAGUUUGCAGUUAAACAUAUCGACAGCAAGGAGCGCGUGCCUACUAAGAACAAUCCGAGUUAUUAUGUCGCUGGUGGGGAUUAUGCCAACAGAAAAACAAUACGACGAAUUCCGGCAUUGAGGAACUUUGAGGACAGUCGCUACAAGAGGAUGCCAACUAUCUUGAGACCUGGAGGCGUUCGAACUUAUCAGGGCGGCGAACCCUACAUUCAGCAAAGAAAUCAAUCGCGAUCCCAUGCACCUGUCCGUCCCGUCAUUGAUAAAGGGCUCUUUUCGAACAGCCCCAACGGACAAGGCGACAGUGAGGACGACGACAUCAACGACGGCGAUGACGACACCAGAACUUACCACUCGGUUGGUAUAUCCAAUAGGAUAGACAGGGAGUCUUCUAGAGCUGAUUAUCCAGAUGUACGAAAUACACGCGGCAGAGAAGCACAAGAAAAGUUUUACAACCCUGCUCAAAAGCGCUCGCUGGACAUCAAAAAGAAACGCAGAGAGCCUCAGCAACCUUACAUGAGGCAUAUUGACGACGCAUCCGGAGUGCUGAUCGAGAAAAAAGACGAGAACUCGGGAAUAGAUAUCGCUCACGCUCAAUCGCACCCAGCUCACGCUAGGCUGACACCCUAUGAAAUCGAGCGAAAGAGAAAAAAUAAGCUGCUUAAGGACGAUCUGGACGAAACCCUGAGCAAGCACAAAGAAGAAAGCUUAAACAGAGAGGAUGCCUUUUUAUUCCAAGAUGAAAAAAUCGGGCAGGAAAGUGACGAGCAUCUGGUAGGAGAUGUAGAUGCUAAAGUCUUUGACGAAAACAGGGACUAUUCAGAACUGGAUGCCAAGCUAGCUGAAGACAGUGGCUACAAGGGAUCGUGGGAAAGCAGAGGUGUGGACGAAGAUAUGUUGCAGAAGCAUGUCAACGAAAAUACGAAAAAGAAAGACGGUCUGGUUGAAGAGCUGGCGAAGAAGAGCUCCUGGUAUACGGAUCCUAUUUGGAACGAUAAGAACGACUUGUUCGGUAUGGAGAGACUGUUGUCAGAUCAGAAAGGACCGGCACCAGCAGCCAAUGAGACCGAGGAGGACGAUAAGAAUCAGUGUCAGCAACAGUACUUGGAGCGGCGCUCUGAAAAUUGCCUUAGAAUUUUCGACGACGACUUCAAGGCGGUCGGAAGUAAUGCUACCCUCCGCGACGCCAAGAAAGGCGCCUUCACGCCUGCCCUUGUGGAGUCCGUCUGCUCGCACGCUAGAGAAUUCGCCCAAUGCAUAGACCUGUUUGCGCAAAAGUUCAGGUGCGCUGAAAGCCAAGAGAUCAUCAGGAACCUCACGGAAGCUCACCUCCGCAAGGUUGGAGUGGUGUUUUGCGCCGGCUGCGGACCAAGGCCACUUCAGCUUUCGUUGCUCAUGUUUUUCUUGCUGCAUAUUUUGUAUUCCUAUUGAUCUAUGCCACCUCUAUGCUACUUUAUGGAACAAUCAGAAUUCUGCUUGGCAUUGCAAGCACGUUCCUGUGUAUAAAAUGUACAAAGCUAUCAGUUCCAUUUA